AUGGCAGAAGUGUCCAGAGUGCUCCACCAAAAUUUGUUGUCAAGUGGUCUGCGAAACAAACGGUUAUUAACAACAAUGCUACAAGGACAGGAUAGUGAUGCCAAGUUGCAGCACAUCGGCAUCCUUCAGGUGUUGUCGACUGUCGGACCACCGACAGCGUAUGAGGAUCCAACAGAAACAAGAACUUAUCGAGACAAUCACUGUUAG